AUGCCUUCUGCAGAGAUAAUAAAGCCACCUGUGAGCAACGGCUCAGCGAAGGGAAAUGGCGUAAAAAGAGAGGAAGAAGACCAACCCGUUUUGCACGUUGUGGACAGUCGCACUGGGCAGUACUACUCUGUUCCUAUCGAGCGCAAUGCCGUCAAUGCCAGUGCUUUCAAGCAAAUCAAGGCUCCUGAAGAUCCGGAGCACCCAGAAGAUCAGACGAACCAGGGAAUCCGUGUCUUUGACCCGGGAUUUUCCAAUACUGCCGUUAGCGAAAGCAAGAUUACGUUCAUUGACGGCUUGAAAGGCACGAUUCAAUAUCGUGGAUAUGACAUUGCAGAUAUUGUCGGCAAGAAGAAAUUUAUUGAUACAGCUCAUCUUCUAAUCUGGGGGCAUUGGCCAACUCCAGGAGAGGCCCAGGGGCUACACGAAAAGCUAAUCAAUGUCCCUCUGAUUGAUGAAUCUGUUUUCAAAGUUAUCCGGGCAUUCCCGCCAAAUUCGUCUAUCAUCGGAAUGAUGAUUUCUGGAUUGUCUGCCGUGCAAUCAAGUAUAAUGGACUUUAUCCCUGCUCACGCAGCGAAAAAUCUGUACUUAGGAAAUAUGCCUUUGGUGGAUGACCAAAUUAUCCGGCUGAUGGCUACCCUGCCUAUGGUCACAGCGGCUGUUUACUGCCACCAUGUUGGUCGUCCUUUCACACCCCCGCAGCCGGGUCUCUCAUAUAUUGAGAACUUUCUGCUCAUGAUGGGCCAUGUCGAGGAAUCCACUGGCCUACCCAACCCCGAUUAUGUGGAUCGAAUUGAGCGACUUUGGGUGCUUAUUGCAGAUCAUGAAAUGACCUGCUCAACUACAGCUUUCUUGCAAACUGCAUCAUCACUGCCAGAUGUUUUUUCUUGCAUGAUAUCGGCGCUUUCAGCCCUUUAUGGGCCCCUGCACGGCGGUGCCAUUGAGGUAGCCUACAAGAACUUCGAGGAAAUUGGCUCCAUUGAAAAUAUUCCAGCAAAGAUCGAGCGUGUCAAAACAGGCAAGGAACGACUCUACGGAUACGGGCAUCGAAUUUACCGAGUGACUGACCCUCGCUUCACCUUUAUUCGCCAAAUUCUGGACGAGCUGUCGGAAGAAAUAUCUCACAACCCGGUGCUGAAGAUUGCGUUCGAAGUGGAUCGAGUGGCAUCACAAGACGAAUACUUCACUACGCGCAAAUUAAGACCCAAUGCCGAUCUCUUCGCGGCCCUUGUAUACCAGGCCCUGGGCUUUCCUAGUGAAUUCAUUCUUCCGCUCUCUCUUGUCGCUCGGACCCAGGGGUUCAUGGCACAUUGGCGAGAGGCUAUGGCGGGAACGGCGCGGAUCUGGCGCCCUAGCCAGAUUUACACCGGCCAUUUGAAUCGGACCAUGGACGGGUAA